CAUAGUCAAACCUUCCUUCUUCAUCUUCUCCUUGUCCUCCUCCCUCCCUCUCUUCCCUUGAAGAAAGGCCUGCGCUCGGGCGGUGGUUGCGCACUCCACCAUCGUCCGUAGCCCCGACCGCGAGGCGGUUCCUCGAAGAAGAAGAAGAAGAAGAGAGGAGGAGGCGUGUGACGGCCGAUGGAGGUCGGGGAGGAGGCGGUGCGUGCGCUGGGCGCGGGGUUCGACCUCACGUCCGACUUCCGCCUGCGCUUCGCCAAGGCCAGCGAGGGGCGGCGCCUGGUGGAGCUCGGCGGGGAGACCAGGGACGUGCCGCUCCCGGGCGGCGCCGGGGCCACCCUCCGCGGCGUGCCUCGCGACGUCGGCGUCGACAAGGGCGACCGCAUCCGCUUCCGCUCCGACGUGCUCGAGUUCAACCAGAUGUCAGAAUUACUUAAUCAGAAAUCUUCAGUCCAAGGGAAAGUUCCUUCCGGCUAUUUUAAUGCUCUUUAUGAAUUAAGUGGAGCUUGGUUGACUGAUGCCAAAGAAACUAAGCAUCUAGCAUUUGACGGGUAUUUCAUUUCCUUGUACAACCUGCACCUAAAAGCUUCUCCAUUAGUUCUUCGAGAUGAAGUAAGAAAGGCUGUUCCAUCCAAGUGGGAUCCUGUUGCAUUAGCCUGGUUUAUCAAAACUUAUGGGACACAUAUAAUUGUUGAAAUGGCAAUUGGAGGCCAGGAUGUUAUAUGUGUUAAACAAAGUCAUUCUUCAACUGUUGCAGCUGCUGAUUUAAAGCUGCACAUGGAGGAUCUUGGUGAUUUUUUAUUUUCUGAUAUGAAGAACCACUCUCCAAUACAUCGCAAGACAAAGGAUGGGAAGAGCAAGGUGCCUGAUGUUUUUGUCAGGAUAGUGCAGCAGCCUAAUAACCUGCACCUUUCUAGCUAUUCUGAAACAUCAACCAAGGAUGGCCUGACAGUUACAUGUUCAAAGAGGGGAGGAGAAACAUACAUACAAAACCACUCCAACUGGCUGCAAACAGUGCCAAAGAAACCUGAUGCUAUUAUGUUCAAAUUCGUCCCAAUCACCUCUCUUCUUACUGGUAUUCCCGGUAGUGGUUACCUCAGCCAUGCCAUCAAUUUAUAUCUUCGCUAUAAACCUGAUCUUCAAGAAUUGCAAUAUUUCUUAGAGUUUCAAGUGCCUCUACAAUGGGCACCUAUGUUCAAUGAGCUUGUGCUUGGGCCUCAAAAGAGAAAAGGCUCCUACCCUUCCAUGCAGUUCAGAUUUCUCGGCCCCAAACUCCAUGUUAGCACUUCUCAGGUAUCUAGUUCUCAGAAACCUAUAGUUGGCCUACGGCUAUACUUGGAGGGCAGGAAGUGCAACCGGCUGGCCAUCCAUGUCCAGCACCUGUCAAGUGCCCCAAGCAUGCUGGUCGACUCCAUGGCAUCUUCAAUGUCGGAGUGGCGCGAGUCGGAAGACACCGACCCGGGCUACAUCGAGGCCAUCCAGUGGAAGAACUAUUCCUGCGUCUGCACCUCCGCCAUCAAGUACAACCCGGAGUGGCACAAGCGAGCCCCCGGCGGUGUCUUCAUCGUCACCGGCGCCCAGCUCGUCGCCAAGGGCACCUGGUCCAAGAAAGUCCUCCACCUGCGCCUCCUCUACACCCACAUCCCCAACUGCUCCAUCCAGAGGACCGAGUGGACGAGGGCUCCGGCGGCGUCCCAGAAGGGGAGCUUCCUGACGACCAUCAGCACGACGCUAAGCUCCCCCUUCACGCAGCGCGACACCCACCAGCAGCACGCGCCGAGGCAUGAGCCUGCGCAGCUGAACUCCGGCGUGUACCCCGACGGGCCGCCUGUCCCGCUCCGGUCAAGGAAGCUCCUCAAGUUCGUGGACAUGGCGGAGGUGGUGAAGGGGCCGCACGACGUCCCGGGGCACUGGCUGGUGAUCGCCGCCAAGCUCGUGAAGGAGGGAGGGAAGAUCGGGCUCCAUGUCAAGUUUGCGCUGCUCGGCUAUGACGGGCAGCCGUCGCAGGGUGACAGCUUCGGGAGCUGAGCUGAGCUGAUCUUUGUACAUAGCAACAGUGGCUGAUCUAGAUUGCAGGGUUUUGGAAAGAGGGGCACUAGGAUAAGGAUUUGUUAUUGAUUUUUUUUUUUCUAUUUUGGUCGAUAGGAAGUGUAUAGAGGCAGAUAAUAAACCAAUCGGCGCUGCGUUGACAAGCUCCAUGAAUUUUCGUGCUUUGUAAGUAGGCUCUGUAGUUGUAAAUUAUGAGAGAAAAAUCAUUUUCUGCCGA